CUGCCUUCCGACUCAAAAUCCAACUAUAAAGUUUGCCAUCCUGUUAAGGUAAAUUCUAUGCAUGCAACUAAUAUCAGUUGUCCAUUCUGUUUGGAGGAGCACAAACUUAGCAAUUGUAAAAAGUUUUGCAAAGAGUCGGUUAACGCGCGCCGUAACUUUGUAAAAAAUAACCAGGUUUGCUUUUGCUGUCUCGGGAAUAAUCAUUCGGCUAAAAUAUGUCGCUACCAAAUUAAAUGUAACGUUUGUAAAAGAAAACAUCACAGCCUUUUACAUCCAGUAACACAACCAGAACAAAAUCAGGAUAGUCAAGAAAACACUCAAAAUUUAGACACAAAAAAUUCUCCUUCGUUUGUUUCAUGUAUAUCUAGAAAUAAGAUAAGUCAGCAUGUACUCUUAGCUACAGCUUUAGUUAAAGUAUUAUCUAAAACGGGAAACUUACUUACGAUAAGAGCACUUCUAGAUCAAGGAUCUCAAUCAUCAUUUGUUACUGAAUCCACAGCCAUGGUAAAUCUGGAAAUAAGAUCUCGUAUUGAUCCAAAUGUGGUCAUAAUUGUGAAGGCAUACGUCUUGAAAUCUAUCACCACUCUUUUACCAGCAACUAAUGUAGAUUCUUUAGAGUGGGAUGAGCUCCCUAAAAUGACUUUAGCAGACCCAGAAUAUUAUACGUCAAAUCGAGUCUACCUAUUAUUAGGAGCUGAGGUAUAUAGCCAGAUCAUCAAAGAUGGAGUGAAAAAAGGUCCAUAUGGUACACCAUUGGCGCAGUCAACGACAUUAGGAUGGAUUUUGUCAGGUACUGUUAACACUUCACGCAAUUCUUCUCAAAAAAUUCACGUAAUGCAUUGUCAGGUUCAAGACAACGAAAUGUUAAAAAAAUUUUGGGAAUUAGAAGCUGAAGUUAGUCUUCCUAGGCUUAAGUUACUAACAGAAGAAGAAAAGCAAUGUGAAAAAUUGUUUGCUGAAACAGUGCAAAGAGACGAAGAUGGCAGAUAUAUUGUCCGUCUUCCUUUCAACACGUCAAUUCCUGAAGUAGGCGAUUCGUUGCGAAUAUCUGAAAAACGAUUGCAAUCAUUAGAAAGAAAAUUUAAUUAUAAUAAAGAACUGAAACUUAGAUACAUAGAUGUCAUAAAUGAUUACCUUUAUCUAAAUCAUAUGGAGUUAGUGAAGUCACCAGAUAUCAGUACAAAGGCCAUUUAUAUUCCCCAUCAUGCGGUUGUUAGGGAGGACAAAGAAACCACAAAGGUAAGAGUGGUUAAUGAUGCAUCAUGUAAAGGUUCAAAUAAUAAGUCAUUGAAUGAUAACUUGAUGGUGGGCCCCACCUUACAAUCAGAUUUAAGACAUAUGAUAAUGAGGUGGCGAGCCUUUCCGAUAUGUCUAUCAGCUGACAUUAUCAAAAUGUAUCGCCAGGUUAAGGUUCACCCAGAGGAUGUCGAUUAUCAACGAAUACUUUGGAGGGAAGAUAGUACAGAACAAAUAAAACAUUACAGAAUGUUAAGAGUAAAUUUCGGUACUGCAUGUGCUCCUUACCUGGCAGUGAAGGUUUUGCAGCAAGUAGCUCUUGAUGAUGGGGCUGAAUAUCCAUUGGCAGCUACUCGAGUCCUGCAAGAUUUCUACAUCGACGAUUUAUUAACGGGCUGUCACAAUGUAGAAGAAGGUGUAACUGUCUAUAAAGAACUAAGGGAAUUGUUAAGCAAAGGGGGAUUUCAGUUACAGAAGUGGUCAAGCAACAAUGAUGAACUACUAGAAAAAAUAGCAGAAGAAGAUAGGAUUAAAGGAGAGGAUGCAGAAAAGGGAUUAAAGCUAAAAACAGAUCCAGUAUUGAAAAUACUAGGUCUUACCUGGAAUCGGAAUAUUGGCUCAUUUCAGUACACGGUAACGCUUCCGACGUUAAGAGAACCUGUGACAAAGAGGAAAAUUAUAGCUGAUAUUGCGAGAUUAUUUGACCCUCUCGGAUGGAUCGCACCAACAAUUAUUCUAGCAAAGAUUAUUAUACAAAGGUUGUGGUUAUCAGGAGUUGAUUGGGAUGAAGAGGUUCCAAACAAUAUUUUAAAUGAGUGGAUAACUUACCGGAAAGAGCUAAAACUUUUAGAAAAAGUAACUAUUUCGCGUUGGUUGGGAUCUAAAGAAGAUGCCACGAGAAUAGAGCUGCAUGGUUUCUGCGAUGCUUCCAAGGUAGCCUAUGCAGCAGUGGUAUAUAUGAGAGUCAUUGAUUCUGAUAACAACAUAAAGGUCAGUCUGUUGACAGCUAAAACUAAGGUUGCACCAAUAAAACAAGUGUUAAUUCCAAGGUUAGAGUUAUGUGGAGGCGUACUUUUAUCAAAAUUAUUGGUAGAAGUGGGUGACGUGAUGAGAAUCACAAAGGAAAACUGGUAUGCGUGGACAGAUUCCUCAGUUGUCCUUGCUUGGAUCAAUAGUCACCCAAACAAGUGGAAGACCUUUGUGGCAAAUAGAGUGUCAACAAUUCUUGAAUGUCUCGAACCUUACCAAUGGUCUCACAUACAGUCUAAGCAAAAUCCAGCAGAUUGUGCUUCUCGAGGCCUUCGGCCGCCCGAAUUACUACAAUCGUUCUUAUGGCAAAAUGGUCCUGAAUUAUUAAAGGAAAAAAUAAUAACACAAAAUAAAUUGAAACAUUUUGAAACAAAUUUAGAAGAAAUCAAAGUUUUAAUGGUUACAGUCGAAGAUGAAUUUUGGAGUCGAUAUUCUUCACUCAAUAAGUUGCUUCGGGUGAUUGCUUAUUGUAGGCGAUUUUUGGACCUGCUGAAACCGAAGGAAGAAAGGCACAUUAAUCGAAUUUUAACAAAAGAUGAAAUUAAUCAAGCUAGAGAAACUUGUAUAAAGGAAAGUCAAAGGGCAAGCUUUACAGAAGAAAUCAAAGCGUUGAAAAGAAAAGAAAGAAUAAAAAGGAGUAGUAAAAUACUUACCUUAAAUCCAUUCUUGGACGCCAAGGGCAUUUUAAGAGUGGGCGGGAGGCUUAACAACUCCAACUUCACUGAAGACAAGAAACAUCCAAUACUGAUUCCAAAACUGAUUCCAAAACUUGGGUUUUUGGCAAGACUAUUAAUAGACGAGGCUCAUAAAAACACUUUACACGGUGGAGCACACUUAAUGUUAAGUUACUUACAUUCUAAAUUUUGGAUAAUAGGUGUCAAACCCUUGAUUAAGGCACAUAUUCGCAAAUGUACAAUUUGCGUAAAAAGCGCUGCAUCCGCACAAAAUCCACUGAUGGCACAGCUUCCUUCUUUUAGAGUCACACCAGAAAGACCAUUUCAGAAAUCCGGAGUUGAUUACGCGGGACCUAUCAACAUCCGAACCACCAAAGGUCGAGGUUUCCAAUCCUAA